AGAGAUGCAGUUUGGGUGAGGGGCGGUCGGUGGGAGCGACGACAGAGCAGAGCGCACGGCGCGCACACACGCAGACAGACAGGGCUCCCUCCUUCUCUCCUUCUCUGACUGGGAGAAAGCUGUGCCUUUUCUUCGCUCAGACACAAACUCUCACUCAUUCACUGGUGAACACACGCGUCGGGCAUAUGUAGAUAUAUGCAACAGAUCAAUCUACAGCGAGGGCGCCCCAGUUUGUUUGUGUGUGUCAUCUUAUUCCAGGAAAAGGACAAUUUUCCAAGACUUGAUUCAUCUAUUUAUUUCUUCUUGUCCUUUUUUGCGGACAGAGCAACAGCAGUGGAUUUAACAUGUUAGACUUCUGAGAAGACAUUUUCCCACCUAUUCUUUACCCUCCGUGGAAGUAAUCGCCACAGUGAGACGCACAAGAUGGGGGCAAAACUGGUGCAAACCAAAGGAAAUAUAUUCUUCUCGGCAUUACUUCAACUAUUGCUUUUCGUCGCGCUUAUACACGGCACCACCGGUAAGACUCUGAAAUAUAAAGUUUACGAGGAACAGAAAGUAGGUACAGUUAUUGCACGUUUAAAGGAAGAUGUAGCUGGGAUUUUAUCUAAACUACCGAGUUCCUUGACCUUUCGGUUCCGCGCCAUGCAGCGGGGUAGUACUUCGUUCUUGACUGUCCGGGAGGAAGACGGAGAGAUCGCAAUUGCAACCAAAAUCGACCGCGAGAAGCUGUGUGAGAAAAACUCCAACUGCUCUAUUGAAUUCGACGUGGUUACGCUCCCGACAGAGUACCUGCAGCUAUUCCAUGUGGAGGUAGAAGUGUUGGACAUUAACGACAACUCCCCGCACUUCUCCCGCGCCAUCGUCCCCAUUGAGAUUUCCGAGAGCGCAUCCGUUGGCACCCGCGUACCGCUGGACGGCGCCGUGGAUGCAGACGUCGGGGAGAACUCCUUGCAUACCUACUCUCUGACGCCCAAUAACUUCUUUAAGAUCGAUGUGAGGACCAGGACUGACGGUGCCAAGUAUGCAGAGUUGGUAGUGAUGAGAGAUUUGGACCGGGAGGUGCAGUCCAGCUACCAGUUUCAGCUCACGGCCUCGGAUAAUGGGGUGCCCCCGAAGUCUGGCUCCACUUUGCUCAAGAUAAGUAUUUCUGAUUCCAACGACAACAGCCCAGCUUUUGACGAGCAGGCUUAUAUAAUCAGUUUGAUGGAGAACUCUCCCCUUGGGACUCUAAUCAUUGAUUUAAAUGCCACAGAUCCAGACGAGGGUACUAAUGGGAAAAUAGUCUACUCUUUCAGCAGUCAUGUCUCGCCAAAGAUCUUGGAAACAUUUAAGAUAAACCCAGAAAAUGGCCACAUUACUCUAAUUAAAAAAGUCGACUAUGAAAGCACUGCCUCUUAUGAAUUGGAUGUUCAGGCACAGGACCUGGGGCCUAAUUCCAUUCCUGGACUUUGCAAAAUUGUGGUGAAAGUGGUGGAUGUGAAUGACAACAAACCAGAGAUAAACAUCAACCUGAUGACGCCUGGUAAAGAGGAGGUGGCCUACAUUUCAGAAUGUGCCCCUGUGGACACAUUCAUAGCUCUGGUGCGUGUUGAUGAUAGCGAUACAGGGCUCAACGGGGAGGUGGUGUGCAGACUGCAUGGUCACGGCCACUUCAGGCUCCAGAAAACAUACGAGAAGAAUUACAUGAUCCUCACCAAUGUCUCGCUGGACAGGGAGAAAAGAUCAGAGUACAGUCUGACAGUGAUAGCUGAAGACAGGGGUUCACCAAGCCUCUCCACUAUCAAACAUUUUACUGUCCAGGUAUUAGAUGAAAAUGACAAUCCUCCAAGGUUUGAGAAGAGCCGCUAUGAGGUAUUUAAAUCUGAGAACAACUCUCCUGGAGCAUACCUGAUGACUGUGGUGGCCUUAGAUCCAGAUCUGGGGACCAAUGGCCAGGUCACCUACACCAUCAUCGAUGCUCUGGUCCAAGGGAGCCACAUCUCCACCUAUGUCACCAUUGACCCUUCUAGUGGUGCAGUCUAUGCUUUACGCAGCUUUGACCACGAAGAUGUCAGCCGGAUUGGAUUCACGGUUCAGGCAUUUGAUGCGGGGAAGCCUGCACUGUCAGCCAAUGCCACUGUCCUGCUCACAGUUUUGGAUGAAAAUGACAACCCACCCAUCAUCCACUCACCAUCCCUACGGAAUCACACUGCUGAGCUCCGGGUUUGGAAAUACGCAUCUCCGGGUCAGCUCAUCACUGCCCUUAAAGUCACAGACCGAGAUGCCGGUGCCAAUGGAGAGGUGAGCUGUGCCAUUGUUGGUGGCAAUGAGAAUGGGCUCUUUGUAAUGGAUGCUCGAAGGUGCGAGCUGAGAACCAAUGCAAGUCUGGAACAGGCUACACGGGAUGUGAUGGAGAUCAGAGUGGAAGUGCAAGACAGAGGCACUAGCCGGCUGGCCACAGGAGCCCUCCUCAGGCUCUCUCUGCAGGAAAACAUGGACAUCUUCCCUCCUCUGUACCCUACUGGCUCCAGUCAGGCCUUGCCGGAUCUCUCCCUUAUUGUCAUCAUCAUCUCUCUGUGCGCUGUGUGUGUUCUGCUGCUCAUUGUCAUGGUGAUGUUCGCCAUUGCCCGUUGCAACCGUGAAAAGAAAGACCCCAGACACAACUAUAACUGCCGUGUGGCAGAAAGCAGUUACCAGAACCACCCCAAGAAGCCUUCCAGGCAGAUCCACAAGGCAGACAUCACUCUGGUCCCAACUGUCAAUGGAACUUUACCUGUUCGGUCACACCCACGCUCCCCUUCACCCUCCCCUACUCCUGAGAGAGGUACUCUGGGGAGCAGGCAGAGCCAUCAUAGCCGCCAGUCACUCAAUAGCCUGGUCACUAUCUCUUCCAAUCAUGUGCCAGAGAACUUUGCCCUGGAGCUUGCCCACACCACACCUGCUGUGGAGCAAGUUUCACAGCUUCUGUCCAUGCUCCAUCAGGGCCAGUACCAGCCACGGCCAAGCUUCAGAGGCAACAAAUACACCAGGAGCUACAGAUAUGCCCUGAAUGAGAUGGAUAAGUUCAGUCUGAAGGACAGCGGUCGUGGAGACAGCGAGGCUGGGGACAGUGACUACGAGCCUGGAAGGGAGUCACCCAUGGAUAGGCUCCUUGGUGAGGGCUUUACUGAGAUAUAUGCUCCUGAUGGCCAGCACAGACCGCAUGCAGCUAUGAGGCUCUGCACAGAGGAAUGUCGUGUCCUGGGUCACUCGGAUCAGUGCUGGAUGCCUCCCCUGGCCUCUCCAGCCUCAUCUUCCUCUGACUACCGUAGCAACCUGUACAUUCCUGGGGAAGAAGCUCACCAAGCCACUGACCUCUCUCAAGAAACAACCCCGCAGCCUUGCACUGAUGCCGGCCAGUCCCGGAACCAGAGCUUUUCAACUUUUGGCAAGGACCUGGGUGGUGAAGAUGGUGGAGAAGAAGAGGGUGGAGAGGGUGAAAGCAACAAGGCGAGAGAUGAAGACCUCUGUGGGACCACAUCAUUGCUGUCAGAGAUGAGCAGUGUGUUUCAGAGGUUGCUACCACAGGGUCUGGACUCUUAUGUCCAGGUCAAUGAGAACCAGAAAGGGACUAGCCUAAGUGGGGUGGGUGUGCCAAUGUCUGGAUCUUUAGAUCGCAGAAGGGGUCAUCUGCCUGGCAAGCCCAGCCCCUCCGUCCACCAGCAGGGUGUGGCAGCCUGGGCUGCCAAUACCCACUUCCAAAACCCAGGCAGCAACAUUGGCCCAUCUGGCCACCACCAAGGCGGCAGCUACCACACCUUGAAACCCAGCACUAAGCUCAGCUCCCAGAGCAGCAACCACAAGGUCUCACAGGCACCCAAAAUCUGUCCCCAGAACAGUGGCCACAUCCCCAAACCCCAUAAUAGUCCACUACUCACAGCACUGGUCAGCCCCACACUGGUGCAGCCCUCCACAACCCCAGUGCCAGUUCCUGUGCCAGUGCCACUACCUGGACCCUCCUCCAAGUGGCUACCAGCUAUGGAGGAGAUCCCAGAGAACUAUGAGGAGGACGAUUUUGACUCUGUGCUGAGCCACCUUCAGGGCAAGCGCAGUGACAGCCGUCAUGAGCUGGUGGACGCUAGUGAGUUGGUAGCUGAGAUCAACAAACUGUUACAGGAUGUCCGGCAAAGCUAGACUCCUUGUUUUCUUAUCCUCAUUAUUUAUUAACCACCCACUUAUUUCUUCCUUUUAUGCAGAAUAAAGGUGGUAGCGUGGGUGGUAAAAAAGGACAAACAAGUAUCUGAAAUAACUAAGACAAAAAGUAAGACCUGCAAUAGUCGUUAAAGUUGCAUUUCUAAAGUAAUAACUGUGUUUUGUGAAUGCUAAAUAUCCAAAAAAAAGUUUGUUAAUUGCUGUUUUGGUACACAAUGUACACUAUGUGACUGUAUUUAUCUUUGUAUUUUAAAAAUACAUUUGUAUACUUAUAUUUAUAAAAAAAAGUGUAUAUAAACUUAAGGAAAAGUCUAUUUUUAUAUUUUGAAUGCAUGUUAAGUACAAAAAAAUCAAAACUUUGACAUGCGGUUGACAUUCUACAUAUUUAAAUUGUCUUUUGUAUCGUGAUUCUUUUUCAUUUGUCUCUUAUGAUAUGUAUACAUGAACAUAUUAAUGAAUUAAUAGACACUUGUCUUUGUGAAAUUAUUGUGGGGAUGGUAAUGGUACACAAAUAAAAUAAUAAUACACAAACAUUA